AUGUCACUGAAAGUUUACUAUGAUUUGAUUUCACAACCAUCAAGAGCACUUCUCUUGUUUUUGUUGACAAAUGACAUUCCUUUUGAGGCACGAGAGGUGAAACUCCUCCAAGGUGAGCAAUUUGGUGAAGAAUUUUCAAAACUGAAUCCUAUGAAAAAGGUUCCUAUGAUCAUAGAUGGAGAUUUCACAUUGACUGAAAGUGUAGGAAUUUUAAGAUACUUGAGUCGGGAGAGAAAUGUUCCUGACCAUUGGUAUCCUGCUGACAGCAAAAGACAGGCAAGAGUUGAUGAAUAUCUGGAGUGGCAACAUACAAAUACAAGGAGUAACUGUUCACUGUAUUUUACUAGCAAGUUUCUGUUUCCAGCAAUGAAAGGAAAACAGCCUAAUCUUGAAACAGUUGCUAGACGAGAACAAAUAAUGGCAGCAACAUUGAAUGAAGUGGAAAUUAUCUGGUUGAACAAAAAACCAUAUCUGGCUGGAGACGAAAUCAGUAUUGCUGAUCUCCUUGGGGCAUGUGAGAUUGAACAAACUAGAAUGGCAGGCUACAAUCCCUGUGAUGGAUUUCCAAAACUCUCAGCUUGGUUAGAGCGAGUUCAUCGUGACACACUACCACAUUAUGACAAAGUUCAUGCGAUGGUAAGAAAGAUAACAGAGAAGUAUGGAGGUGUACCACAUCCUUCACUCACAAAGCUGUGA